GCGAAAAGAAGUUAACGUUUGAAAAGUUUCGACGUUUUUUUCUUGGCCAGAAUUCGCUAAUUACAAACAACCUCGUACGUGUGACGGACUUUUUAGCGAAAUUAAUUUAAGUGCGCCAAGUUCGAAACUAGCGAAGUUGUAAAAUAGGGGAGCGGGAAUGAAUCACGGAACAGCUGAUUGUUGCUUCCCUUCGCGUUAUCUGGACCAAACGUGAAUUGACUGAUAAUUUCGUACACAAUAACUUUGUGUAAGCGAAAAUACAAAUAGCGUUUGUCACCUCCGACUGUGAUUGCAUAAUUAGAAAAACAUAUCGCGAAGUUGCGGAUUAGCAUCGGGGGGGAAAUUGGGGUGGAAAACUCUCACGCGCACUUUUCCAGCUGUGGUUCGCGACCGCUACACUGCCCGGAUAAAAUCAGAGAGCGGUGGCGAUUUUUCAUAUAAAUAUACGCGCCGAAUGGAUGACAUUAUACUCGCAUGUUAAAAAGUGACGAAGAAAUCUCGCGCGACUACACGCAUUUGUCAAGUCGUCGUCGGGACGCGCUACUUCCUUUCGCAUUUGACAAAGGGAAGGGAAACCCGUCGAAAAAAUAAGGGACAUCAAAGAGUUCUGUGGUUCGUUGCGUUCGAAUUUACUGUGACAAAAAUGCGUCGGCCGUACAGAAGAAGAAAUAAAGUCGACCACUUGAUUUGAAGUUAACGACGACGACUACGAACUUCGAAGGGAGGAAAAAUAUGCAUCUUGCCAGCGAGGUGACGUCGACGACCAACCACUUUGAUCGCAACUAUGAAAAUUUAACGGCGGAAAUUCUCGCGGAAAGAACGUUGGACGGACUUAUGGCCGAGCAUCCUGGAGAGCUAGUUAGGACUGGAAGUCCGCACGUGGUGUGCACCGUUCUUCCGCCUCACUGGAGGUCGAAUAAGACGCUUCCGGUCGCCUUUAAAGUUGUCGCACUCGGCGAAGUGGGUGAUGGUACUUUGGUUACGGUUCGAGCCGGUAACGACGAGAAUUUUUGUGGCGAACUUCGAAACUGUACGGCCGUUAUGAAAAAUCAAGUAGCCAAAUUUAAUGACUUGAGAUUUGUCGGCCGAAGUGGCAGAGGGAAAAGCUUCACGCUGUCGAUAAUUGUUUCGACGACGCCACCCCAAGUAGCCACUUACAGUAAGGCGAUAAAGGUAACGGUGGACGGACCAAGAGAGCCGAGAUCAAAAACGAGACAGCAACUUCAUCACUUCCCCUUCGGUCCGAGACCUUUCGGACCCGAUCCACUAACAGGUGUAUUACCAUUCAAAUUAGGAGGAAUAGCACACCAUUUGGCGGGCCUUCCUGGACCGCCACCGGACUGGGUCACGCUUACUGGAAGACAUCAAUAUCCGCACGCACCUUUUCUACCUCAUCAUCAUCCGCAUUUUCCUCACCACAUGUUCGCUGCUUUAGAUAACCGUCCGAUAAACACGUCGCCGAGAAUUACUCGAGAUCCAACGCCGCCAGCACUCGGUCCCAUAAGUAUCAACUGCCAAAAUAACAUGAACGGAUCCCCGAAAGGGUCACCCGUGCAAGUCGGUCUGCUCACAACAGCGAAAGGACCGGUAUCGCCCCAAGAAGACGACAUAUCAGUAACAGCAUCACCGACCCCGUCGCCGCAACCACCUCCCGCCUUCCCCGGCGUACCACCCAAUGCUUCGUUACAGGGCAACCACCUCUUCAACAACGCGCUGGCAGCGAGCCUCUUCCUGAACGCACCUCUACUACCACCGCCAGGUCAGUGGUUGUAUUCCCAGCUGUACCCUCCCGAUUGGUCGUGGAUACAUCUGAGACACUCCUCCAUCCUCUCCAAUCCAAACACGUCGCCGACAGAUCUCAAAUCGACUGGCGUAGAUGGCGCCGUGGUACGCAAGCAAUUAACCGACGCCGACAGUGGCCGACAAGAAGACAGCGGCGAAGAAGAUGGAAGGAGGAGCGCCGCGAAGGACGAGGGAAUCAACUUGACCGUCGCCAAAGGAAGGAAGGCCGCAAUAACGUUGGUGCGACAGAGGAACGAGAGCUCGUCAGGUGAAUCUGUGAAAGCGUCGCGUAGUUCUAGACACUCGGACGUUUGGAGACCGUACUAGACGAAACACAAAAUCAAAUGCCCGUGCAGAUGCAGUGUAUGUAAAUAGGUUAAUGUAAGUCUCCCGUGAUUCAUCACUCGAUUUUUUGACCCACGAACAGCGGUGGGGAACUUUUGGUAAGCACCUUGUGUACAAUAUCCACCAUAUGACUAGUUCUUAAUAUUGUAAGUAGAAAACUAUGGCUGUUUAUAAUUUUUAAUGUAAUAGUUUUAGAGUAAUCUGUUAAAAUAAAGUUG